UAGUCCGGGAUUACGAAAAAACUGAAAACCCCGAAGCAAGGAGAGGCCUGCCCUUCACCCGCCCCCGGCCUUUUCCAGAGGGCGCUCCGUUUCCAGGCAGGCAGCGGUCCAACUGACCCCUCAAGACUCUCCAGAGCCGGGGCGGGAUUAGGAAGAGGUUUGCUUCCUGCAGGAAACCCACCCCGGGCCUGCGAGGCACAGUACCCAGACUCCGCCGGGUACUAAGUCUCCGGCGAAGACCCCCACUCCCGAGCCCUGCCGAGAUUACAGCUCAUCUCGCGAGAGCACGAGCAAGGCCCGGCUCCGGUCGGCGGCGACGGCGCUGGCGGCGGGAUGUUCGGGGCAGUCCAGACCGCGCCCCCUCUGGCGCAGCUGGGAGGGGAGUGACCGCGGCGCGGCGGUUAGCAGCAGGCGGCGCGCACGCGCAGGUUUAAUUACGUCAAGCCUCCAGGAUGGCAAUCCAGUUCCGUUCCCUUUUUCCCUUGGCGUUGCCUGGGGUGCUGGCACUCCUCGGCUGGUGGUGGUUUUUCUCUCGUAAAAAAGAACGCAUCAGCAGCCAUGACAAGCAGGUGGAGGCCAGUGCCGUGGAACUGGGGACAGACCCUCCCAUCAAGGAUCUGCUUCUCACAGAAGACACCAGCUCCAGCGUUGUGCCAAUACCACCUAGUGUCACACAGCCACCAGAAAAGGAACUGUCCACCAUGAGUAAGCCCUCUGUGGAGCCGCCAGCCUUGCUGCGGGCACAGCCAGCCCCUCGUAGAUCAGAGUCCUCAGGCAGUCUUCUUAAUACCACGGACACGAGAUUUCGACCGGGAACACGCAGAGAUGACAGUGCAAAGCUGGAAUUAGCCCUAACUUGUGACGAAGCAAAGUCUAUUCCUGUAGAGUGUCCCCUUGCAUCCCCAAAGGGGGUACCAUUCCCUCACGAAGCGGUUGAGGUGUGUAAGCAAGAGCCUAUGUUCAGCAGAAUGCCAGGGAGGGCCUGGCCAGGCCAGUCUGUAGCCCUCACAGAAAAGCAUGGCCCUGGGGAGAAGACGAGGGAGACAGGGUGGGCAGAAGGGACUGGCGACGCAGUGCUGGGAGAAAAUGUGCUCGAAGAAGGUGUGUUGUCCCAGGAGCAUGGCUCUGAGUUGGAGAACAGCAAAGUGGCCAGCCUGGCUCCUUCGGGAGGAAGGGAAGAGAAAGAGGUGACCAGCCCGCCUCAGGAGGCCGGGCCAGUGCAGGAGGAAGAGUAUGUGGCAAGAAAGUUGUUAAGCAGCUUCACUGAGUCAGCUCACACUGAGCUGCCGAACGGUGAGGAAGUGUCAGCACCUGGGAUCAGAGGUGGUAAGCCCCAGGAUGGAGACCUUGCAGGGGAAGUGGGCAAAGAGGAGAUGGUGGCUAGAAAUGAGGAGCUUGAGCAGGCUGCCCUCCAGAUCAUCUCCAAAGUGAUCUUGGACGCAAGUGAAGAAGUACGGGCCGCCGCAGUGGACAAGAUUACUACGGGUCAGGUGUGUCAGGCCUCAGACAACGAGCUCCAAGGGCCAGAGGAGGAGAGCUGUGCUCCAGUCAGCCAGGAACCUGUCCUAGGGCAAGGCGCUGUGGAGCCCACUCCGGCCACGGCCACAACCACGGCCGAGGCAGAGGCAGAGGCAGAGGCAGAGGCAGCGGCAGCGGCAGAGGCAGAGGCAGAGGCAGCCGCAGGCACGUCGGAUGCUGCCCUGCCCUCAUCAGGCCCGCUGGUAGAGGACCCCUCCCCACCAAAGACCUACGUGAGCUGCCUGAACAGCCCUCUCUCCAGCCCCACCAAGGACAGUAAGCCACCUAGGAACUCUGCACACCACAUCUCACUGGCCUCCUGCCCGUCACGGGCCACCUCCCUUGGAGAGUCACUAGACGAGGCAAGCAUCCUGGUGGAAGAUGCCAGCUGCGUCACCUGCACGUUGGACAACAGCCAGUGUGACCCGUCCGUGGGCUCCUUAGGCCGGUGCUCGGAUUCUGCCAGCAUGUCGGGGCUUGAAGACUCUCGCACAGACACCAACUCAAGCCCCAGGGACAAAGACAUCACCCCACCACUGCCAGAAAGUACUGUGCCCUUCAGCAAUGGGGUGCUGAAGGAGGAGUUGUCAGACUUGGGGGCUGAGGAUGGAUGGAGCAUGGACGCAGAAACAGACCAUUCGGGAGGUUCCGACGGGAACAGCAUGGACUCAGUGGAUAGCUGCUGCAGCCUCAGAAAGACGGACGGUUUCCAGAGUGCCCAGGCAGGCUCCGACCCCAAGAAGGUCAACCUCAUCAUCUGGGAGAUCGAGGUGCCAAAGCACUUAGUUGGCCGGCUAAUUGGCAAGCAGGGGAGGUACGUGAGUUUUCUGAAGCAAACAUCUGGUGCCAAGAUCUACAUUUCAACCCUACCCUACACUCAGGACAUCCAGAUCUGCCACAUAGAAGGCUCUCAACAUCAUGUGGACAAAGCACUGAACUUGAUUGGGAAGAAGUUCAAGGAGCUGAACCUCACCAAUAUCUACGCUCCCCCGCUGCCUUCACUGGCACUGCCUUCUCUACCAAUGACCUCCUGGCUCAUGCUCCCCAAUGGCAUCACUGUGGAGGUGAUUGUGGUCAACCAGGUCAACGCCGGGCACCUGUUUGUGCAGCAGCACACACACCCUACCUUCCACGCGCUGCGCAGCCUGGACCAGCAGAUGUACCUCUGCUACUCCCAGCCCGGGAUCCCCACCUUGCCCACCCCAGUAGAGAUUGCGGUCAUCUGUGCUGCCCCUGGUGCGGACGGUGCCUGGUGGCGAGCCCAGGUGGUCGCCUCCUACGAGGAGACCAACGAAGUCGAGAUUCGCUACGUGGACUACGGUGGAUAUAAGAGGGUGAAAGUAGAUGGGCUUCGGCAGAUCAGAUCGGACUUUGUGACUCUGCCAUUCCAGGGAGCAGAAGUCCUUCUGGACAGCGUGAUGCCACUGUCAGAUGACGAGCACUUUUCACCUGAAGCAGAUGCAGCUAUGAGCGAGAUGACAGGAAACACAGCAUUGCUUGCUCAGGUGACAAGUUACAGUCCGACUGGCCUCCCUCUGAUUCAGCUGUGGAGUGUGGUUGGAGAUGAAGUGGUGUUGAUAAACCGAUGGCUGGUGGAGCGAGGACUUGCCCAGUGGGUAGACAGCUGCUACACAAACCUUUGACCCUUUCCCUCAAACAGCAGCUGCUUGAGUCUGUUUUGCACUGUUAAAAUUGAGCUUGGCACUCAAGGCAAAGACUUUACAUCAGAAUAACAAAAUGGUGUCCUCCUAGAAGUUUUUUUUUUUUUUUUUCCUGUACUGUAGUCCUAUUGAGAAGACCUUCGGUCUCUAAGAAAAGGAGAGAACUGUAUGUUCUUUUCAAAGCCAUAGCAUGGUGUUUAACAAGCCAGUUGGCUUUUGGCUUCACAUGGUUCCAAACCACUACAAAAAAAAAAAUUUUUUUUUUUUGAAAAACAACCUCAACUAGGUUGUCCUGUUCCCCCCACCAUCCCAUUCUCUCUUUCUUCAUGUCUACCCCUCACCCCCCAACCAAAAAAACAAACAAACAAACAACCGGUGGUAUUUCUCCUCUUAGCAGACAGGCCAAGAGAUGUGUGUUUCUUGCUCAGGAGUGUUUCUUUGACUUCACAAUCUUUCUUCUACCUUUGGGAGCAAGGCAUGAACUGACUAAUUGAUACCAGUUACUUGUGUAUAGCUUUCUGUAAGUGAAUUGCUGGCGUUUAGCAUUUAUAAACGUCGCCUAGGCCUCUAGGAAGGCAGACUUUUUUAAUGGAGAUGUAAAUAAGGAGCUAUUAUCACACCUCUGGCCUUGGUGGGGGGAUGGGAGAUAGAACUGUUAUCCUGCCAAGCCUGCUUGUAAUUUGUAACCAUUUUCUAUUUGUGCAAACUCUGUAAAUACAUGUUUAAAAAAAAACGUAAUAUUUUGUACAAGAUACACUGGAGAACAAAGGGAACUCAAGGUUCUUCCACACCCACUGUCAUCUGUCAGUAGAACGCCGCAGAGGAUGGUGUGACCCGAGGCAUAGAAUGUGAUCGAGGAAUGUUCUGCUGUACAAAUUUGUAAAAAAAGCAACUUCAUUGAA